AUGGCUCCUCUCAAGGUCGUGCUCUCUCUUUCGGCUAUUCUCUUCUUCUUCCUUUCAUCUGCGCACGCUGUAGAAGUCUCUCAUGAUGGCAGAGCCAUCACCAUCGAUGGCAAGAGGAGGGUUUUGUUGUCCGGCUCCAUUCACUACCCGCGGUCGACUGCCGAAAUGUGGCCCGAUCUGAUCAAGAAGGCAAAAGAAGGCGGAUUGGAUGCGAUCGAGACAUACGUCUUUUGGGACGUCCACGAGCCGGCUCGUCGUCAGUACGAUUUUAACGGGAAUUUGGACCUCAUAAGGUUCUUGAAAACCGUGCAGGACGCAGGUCUUUACGCGGUUCUCCGGAUUGGACCUUACGUAUGUGCGGAAUGGAAUUACGGAGGAUUCCCCGUAUGGUUGCACAAUCUGCCCGGUGUCAAGUUGCGAACAGCCAAUGAUGUUUUCAUGAACGAGAUGAAAAACUUCACGACUUUGAUCGUGAACAUGGCGAAGCAGGAGAGCCUUUUCGCAUCACAGGGAGGUCCCAUCAUCCUUGCUCAGAUUGAAAACGAGUACGGCAAUGUGAUAUCUGCCUAUGGAGAUGCUGGGAAAGCUUAUAUCGAUUGGUGUGCGAACAUGGCUGUGUCGCAAGACAUCGGUGUUCCGUGGAUUAUGUGCCAACAAAGCGACGCUCCACAACCCAUGAUUAACACGUGUAACGGUUGGUAUUGCGACCAAUUCACUCCAAACAAUCCCGACAGCCCUAAAAUGUGGACUGAAAACUGGACUGGCUGGUUCAAGAGUUGGGGCGGGGUGGACCCACACAGGACGGCGGAGGACUUGGCGUUCUCCGUCGCUAGGUUUUUCCAGACCGGAGGCACAUUCCAAAAUUACUACAUGUAUCAUGGCGGUACCAAUUUCGGUAGAACAGCCGGGGGCCCAUACAUCACGACCUCCUACGACUACGAUGCGCCUCUCGAUGAAUACGGCAAUCUAAAUCAGCCGAAAUGGGGUCAUCUGAAGGAGCUGCAUGAUAUGCUGCACUCGGUCGAGGGCACCCUGACCACUGGCAACAUCACCAACGUUGAUCUCGGCAACUCGGUCUAUGCCACGGUUUACGCAACACCGGGGCAAUCGACUUGCUUCCUGGGGAACACGAACUCGACUUCCGACGCCACCUUCGUCUUCCAAGGCAAGCAGUUCACGGUCCCGGCGUGGUCGGUCAGCAUCCUCCCCGACUGCCAGAACGAAGGGUACAACACCGCCAAGGUGAAUGUGCAAAGUUCAGUGAUGGUGAUGGAGCCGAACAAGGCCGAGAGCGAACCCGAGUCCUUGAGCUGGACGUGGAGGCCCGAGAUCGCGGACGACCAGGUCACGCUCGGAAAGGGACGUGUUGCUGCUCAUCGACUUGUAGACCAGAAAGAUGCUGCUAAUGGUGCUAGUGAUUAUCUGUGGUACAUGACCAGUGUCAACCUGAAAGACGACGACCCGGUUUGGAGCGACAACAUGACCCUCCGAGUGAAUUGCACCGGCCAGAUACUUCAUGCCUAUGUCAACGGAAACUACCUCGGUUCUCAAUGGGCGCUAUAUGGAAAUUUCCACUACGUUUUCGAGAAGAAUGUUAAGUUGAAUCCAGGAAAGAAUCUGAUCUCCUUGCUUAGCGUAACCAUUGGACUCCAGAAUUACGGUCCGAUGUUCGAUCUAGUUCAAAACGGGGUCCCUGGCCCGGUGGAGAUCGAGGGAAGGAAAGGCGACGAGAGAGUGAUCAAGGACUUGUCGGGUCACCUGUGGUCCUACAAGGUCGGGCUACACGGCAUCAACCACAAGUUCUUCAGCAUCGACCCGGCCCUGGACUCAGCGUCGGCCUCUAAAUGGCAAAGCAAGGACCUUCCCACCAACAGGUCCUUGUCUUGGUACAAGACCACGUUCAAAGCGCCGCUAGGGACAGACCCGGUGGUGGUGGACUUGCAAGGAUUGGGCAAGGGCGAGGCGUGGGUCAACGGCAAGAGCAUCGGCCGCUACUGGCCGAGCUACGACGCCAGUCUAGACGGCUGCAGCACCGACCCUUGCGACUACCGCGGCGCUUACGACAACACCAAGUGCGUCACCAACUGCGGUCGCCCCACUCAAAGAUGGUACCAUGUCCCGAGAUCGUUCAUGGAGGAGGACGUGAACACGCUGGUGCUGUUCGAGGAAUUCGGUGGCAACCCCUCCCUGGUGAACUUCCAAACGGUCAGCGUCGGCUCCGCCUGCGCCAACGCCCACGAGAAGAAGACCCUCAAGCUCGCGUGCCAGGGCCGUCCCAUCUCGGCUGUCAAGUUCGCCAGCUUCGGCGAUCCGCAGGGCUCGUGCGGGUCUUUCGCGAAGGGCAGCUGUGAGGGGAGCAACGACGCAGUGGCCAUCCUCCAAAACGCUUGUGUCGGCAAGGAGAGCUGUUCCAUCGACGUCUCCGAGAAAACCUUUGGCUCGACGACUUGCGGAUCCACCAAGAGGCUGGCUGUGGAGGUCUCCUGCUGACACCUUAGU